AGCGUUACUAAGGAAGUGGAAAGUUUGCUUAGCGUUCGGAGCUAACCAGCUAAGCUAAAGAUAGCUAGCUAGCUACCUCAAUAACGAUGUAUUAUCACAACCCUGCAAUGGACGGAACUUGAUUUUGCUUUCCCUCAGGUAUCUAACGAUAAUCCUUUGAUUAAAUGAAGUGUCAUGUCCAAUACAUUUGUCUUUCCCAGACUGCCACGUUCCUAGCUAGCUAGCGUUCUGCUGUCAUAGGUUAGCAUAUUAGCUAGCACACAGCUAACGUUAGUUACGUUUCUCAAGCUAGAUUGGACGCAUAGUAAGUAUUAGCUAGCUAUCUUUGCUAGCAGAACCCAUAGCAUGUUAACGAUGAUGUAGAUAUCUAGUUAGUUAGCCAUAAAAGUGAUCAGCUGACGUUAGCUUAGCUAGCUAGUAAGUUUAGCACCCACUCAGUUAGCUAGCUGUCACUUCCAGGCAGUAACGAUAAUGAGCCAACCAUAUGUGCAGUUUACUAGCUAACUAACGUUAGUUAGUUAAUCAAAUCGUACCUAAUGAUGUAAUACCUAUCUUAACUUUAUACCUUGUGUGAGAUAAGUAACAGGGCAACAUAUGGAGUCUAGCUAGCUAAUGUGAAGUAUGAGCUAUGGAAUGUAAUUGAGAAAUCAAACAUAAUUAGAAAUAUUAUCAAUCAAUUCUCAAUAAUAGGAGCUGAAGUAAUUGUUUUCUAGAUUAUCUCCUUCUAAGCAAAUGGAGUCCCCAUGCACCUAGAAGGUGCAGCCUGGUAUGAGGAUGACUGAGAAUGGGGAGGACAGCAGCCCCUCUCAGCCCUUUGGUGGAGUGUUACCUGGUGGAGCUCCUGGUGGGAAGGAUCCAGGAGGAGGAAGCGGUGACGAGAGGCCAGUGAACCCCACUACAGAGGACAACAAAACCACCAAGCUCCUCAACGACACCCUGAAAUUUCCUCAGGAUGUACGAGACCAAAGCAGCAAGACUAGUCCCUACCAGCCCCGACCACCCCUGCUGCCAAAGCCCCCUGCACUGUUGAAGGGAGGGAACAGUGGUUCGGUGGAGGAGAAGGUGAGAAGCAGGAGGCUGAAGAACAGCCAGGAGAGUCUGACCAACCCAGCUGAGACCGGUUCCUCCACAGACUCUCUUAAGGAGGACUCGACAGUUACAGGUGUGUUCACCUUGAGCGGUGCUGCCACCUUGAGGAACGGACAGGGCACUGUCGUUGGACCCCAAUCGGCUCCAUCAGGGUCCCCCGUCUUCAGAGCUAGGGGCCAGAGCCUCUCAGAGUACGAGAGGGGGCCCCGCGACCACCACAGUGACCCUGCGGAGCAGCGGGUGAGGUCCUCCAAGGUACGCCUCUCUCCCUUACAGCCCUCGGGUCCACUUCCUGCUCUGGAGCAGAGCUUGGCUUCCGCAUCCUUAAGGACGGCUAAUCGGAUUGACAGGGAUUAUGGCAUUGUGCCGGGGAGAGCUGGGCCGGAGAGGCUGCACCUGCACAGGAACCUGAGCGACAGCCGGCUUCUAGAUAACAUGGUGUCAGACAAUACCUCUGUCAACUCCAUGAAGUCCACCUUCAGCGUGUUGAACCCCAUCAGACCCAGGGAUGUCAGGAACAGGUAGGGCCACAAGACUCUCAUUCAGGAUAUCCUCUCCAGAUUACUAACCAGAUACAUACUGCAGGAGCCUUCUCUACCUGUAUUGGAUAAUUGACUCAUACUGAUAUCAGAGUGCUAUUAGAAGUCUUGAUGGCUUUGAAACUGUAUUAGAUUAACACAUUCUGGAUGUAAAUACAGUGUAUAUAGUAUAUAUAUAUCUAAAAUGAAGAUAGCCAGGCUUCGGUAAUAUUCCAUUGCCUUGAUAACGUAAUGCACCUCCUGUGAUGUGGCACAUGACAUCCCAUGAUAAGAAUUGAUGUGGGCCUUGAGUUAAAUAGGCCUAUAUUCUGCAUGAAAUACAGACCGGCAUUUGAGCUAUUGUAAUCUAUUGUGAACAGUCUCACAAUCACCAUCAGCUUUGAAUCGUAACCAAGAAGACUAUGCUGUAGGCUAAGGCUAAUUAUUACCAUGGCACAUCUGCAGUUAGAGCAUUAGCAUUGAUGUGUGCUCUAGCAACACUGGCUGCAGCUCUGCUUUAAUGAAGGCCUCAGAGGCUUAUGCUAUGUGUAUGUAAGGUGAAUCGGCAUAGCUUUUGCCACCAUUCAGGGAGCAAAGAUGGGUCUCAGUACGCUACACGCCUCAUGCCUCAACAAGGAGCUGUUAAAGGAAUUGGGAUUUAUCUCAAAUGUUUCAGUGUGCUAUCAGCUAUGGAAGAAGCUUAGCCUAUGUUUCGAAAUGUGAUUCAGCGACCAAUAAUAUGCAGCCUUGUUUAAAUUGUGUGUGUGUGUGUGCAUGGUACUGACAUUUUAUAAUGUAGCCAACCAGACAUUUUAAAUGGGUUUGGUUCAAAGUAGGCAAUACUAUUUUUAGUUGGAGCAAGCAAGCAGGAAAAAACCUAGUGCUGCUAUCUAUACCUCCCGUUAAUAGCCUAAGUGUUCAUUUCCUCAUUGUGUUCCAGGAGUUUUCUGGAGGGCAGUGUGCUGGGCAGUGGUGCCCUGCUGGGAGCUGAGGAGCUGGACCGCUACUUCCCAGAGAGAAGAGUUGGCAUCUACAUAGCCACAUGGAACAUGCAGGGAGAAAAGGUGGGGCUGCUCUUACUGUUUAACAUUAGGCCUAGAGCUUGAAUGUCUGUUUCUACACAUAUUCUACACUCACUCUUUGAUAACGUGUGUCCUGGUAUUCUGUAGGAAAAUUACCGCUUCCGUAUCCUUUUCAGGGACUUCCAAACAACCUAGACGAUCUGUUGCUCCCGACGGACUCUGAAUUUGCACAAGACUUUUACAUCAUCGGAGUCCAGGAGGGAUGUCCAGACCGGUAUGAGAUGACUGUGUAUGAGUGCAUAAAAAAAUUAUAUCAAUGAAGUCUUCCGUACUUCCGUGGUCCUCUGUAGCUCAGCUGGUAGAGCACGGCGCCUGUAACGCCAAGGUAGUGGGUUCGAUCCCCGGGACCACCCAUACACAAAAAAUGUAUGCACGCAUGACUGUAAGUCGCUUUGGAUAAAAGCGUCUGCUAAAUGGCAUAUUAUUAUUAUUACUCUAUGCUGAUGUGUGUCUGUGUCACAGGAGGGAAUGGGAGAUCCGUCUUCAGGAGACUCUGGGGCCGUACUACGUCAUGCUCUAUGCAGCCUCCCACGGGGUUCUCUACCUCACUGUGUUUGUCAGGAGGGACCUCAUUUGGUUCUGCUCAGGUCUGUCACAAGAUUAAUCAGUCCUUUACCAUCAACAAAUCUCUGAAUGUUGUCUCUUAUUGAAAUGUUGUAAGAGAGGCAAUGUUAUAAGGUGAUCUCUGGCUACCUACUGCAUAUUUUAUGUGUAUAGUACAUUAUGUGAUUUGGUCCCUCUCUGUACCCUGUAAUUAUCGGAUCUCCUCCUAACAGAAGUGGAGCACGCCACGGUCACAACACGCAUCAUGUCUCAGAUCAAAACCAAAGGAGCCUUGGGGAUCGGCUUCACCUUCUUUGGCACUUCCUUCCUCUUCAUCACCUCCCAUUUUACCUGUGAGUGACACCUCUGUUGUUCAGGAAGUGAUGUCAAUACAUUACAUUAAUGUAAACAGGAAGUGGAAAGCCUUUGGAUACAGUCUCACUACUAACUAGGGGUGUAUUCAUUAUACCGAUUCUGUUCCAAAAUGUUUUGUCUGUUGCAAAAUAUUUUACAACAGAACCCGUUUACUCCAAAUGGAAAACGUUUUGCAACUAAAACAAGUUUUUGUUGGACAAAUUCAGGUAGGUCCCUCCCAGUUUCAUUCUGUUUGCUCUGUUUACUUCCGUUUGGUUUUUAAAAUAUAAACGGUUUCCGUUGUAAGACGUAAUGAGUACACCCUUGGUCAUUUAAUACAUGUCCUUAUGUUCCAGCUGGAGAUUCCAAAGUGUACGAGAGGAUUCUGGACUACAACAAAAUCAUUGAAGCACUUGCUCUUCCUAAUGGUCUUCCAGACACCAACCCUUACCGCUCCACAUCCUGUAAGUUCUCCUAAAGACAAGAGUUGUUCAUUGCAGUAUUACUUUUAUAUUGCAGUACUGCUGUUACAUCUAGAAGAGCAUGCUUAUUGUGUAAAGAGAAAUGCUGGUAUUUCCUUCAUGCAACAAGUACUGAAUUAAAACACCAGUGUAAAUGUACUGAUCAUUUCUGUUUCAUGUCUUUCAGCGGAUGUGACAACACGGUUUGAUGAGGUUUUCUGGUUUGGGGACUUUAACUUCCGUCUGAGUAAAGAUCGUGUGGGGGUAGAGGCCAUUCUAAACCAGAACCAGGGUGUGGACAUGGGCCCUCUGCUCCACCAUGACCAACUCUCCAAGGAAAUGAAGGAUGGUACGUCUACAUGGAAGAACACAAUAUUAACUCUAAGAACCAGACAAGUUUAGGCGAAUAUUACAUGUAUUAGAUUGGUAACAAUACAUUUUGAGAUAUCAUUCACAUACUCACUGUGACAGAUAUUUCAAAAUAUAUAAUACAAAUGUAUUAUGCUCUGUUCUAGGUUCCAUCUUUAAAGGCUUUCAGGAAGCACCAAUUCAGUUCCUCCCCACCUACAAAUAUGAUGUCGGCUGUGACAUGUACGACACCACCUCCAAGCAGAGAACUCCGUCAUACACAGUACGUGUCAGCAUCAAGUCACACCCUGUGCCAUUCAUACAAGCAAGCCUCUUUUUUUAAAUGAUGGUUUGUUUUAAACACACAAAAUAAAAUGUAUGUUUUACUGUUCCUCUGUGUGCUAUAGGACAGAAUACUGUUCAGGAACAGGCAGGUAGAUGACAUCAAAGUGAUAAAGUACACCAGCUGUUCAACGAUAAAGACGUCAGACCACCGGCCUGUCAUCGGCAUGUUCCAGGUCAAACUGCGUCCCGGGAGAGACAAGUAAGUCCCACCCCUUCCUCUUUUAGCUGUUGCAGCAGCAAGCCUUUUGUAGCUCUCAUGUACACUGUAGUAAAAUUAUUAGUAGUAAUAGGUGUCCAAAAGUGCAGUCAACUAAAAUCUGAGUUAAUCUAGAACAGUUUGUUAACCCUGACUUUUAUUUGUUGUUCUCUGUCUGUUGUGUUUCCCAGUAUUCCUCUGGGUGCCGGCCAUUUUGAUAGGAGUCUGUACCUGGAGGGCAUCAGGAGGAGGAUCACCAGAGAGCUGAAGAAGAGAGAAGCCAUGAAGAACCAGGGCAGCAGCACCAUCUGCUCCAUCUCCUGAACCUGGACCGGACUUGACCUCCCUCCAGAAUCACUCUGACCCAGCCAUGAGGGACCAAAGGGAACCAGUCUUUUGUUGCCACUUCCAGCCCAGUCUGUGUGAGGGUC